ACCUGGGAUAUUCCAUACCUUUACAUCACACUAUUGAACACCCACAAACCACGCUUCGGGUCCAUCGCAUGCAGUGAAAGAGUCGGGAAUAGUCAGUUCGUGAUACUGCUAACGCCUUAUCAACAGCGUCCCUACAAGGAUCUGAUCUUGCCCCUACGCACAAUCUUUCUCUUCCGCCAAUCACAGGCCUGCCUGCCCUAAAACAAAACAACACGCAUCCCCAACGAAAAAGCAACAAACACUUGAUCGCGACUUGCCGGAGACCGGUCUUCGCGCGGAAUAGUCCUUCUGUGAACGGUCAUUACCAAAUUAAUACGGAGUACCAUAGGCAUUUUGGUUGCUAUCGUGCUCGAAACAAUCAAGCAACACCGAAUUUGGACCCUCAACCUACACAUCGAAUCACCCUACUGUGUAAAUUCGGGGAGCGCGCGAGGACUGUUGAAUUAGUAGUUGGAAAGCUAUUGGCUCGUUAUUCUAUUCACAAGAUUCGAGCAUCAUGCCAUCUGCUUCACGCUGGCACGGUACCGACCCUCCACAGCCGCACCAACUACGGUCACUGCCAAAUAGCGAUGACGAGGAUGUUAAUAAUGAUGAAAUGGUCGAUCCCGACACGGAAGAUGAUCAAGAAUACCCUGGCUCUUCUCCACACUCUUCAACUGGGGAUUAUGAUGCCCCAUUCCCUCCAAACUAUCGUGAGAUCAGUACGCUCGCAUCAUGGACAGUCUCCAGUUCGAAGCCAGGAUGUUCAAUCCCUCAACUCCGCUCUCCCUCAACCCAUCUCUUCUGGCAAUCCGACGGGCCUCAGCCUCACUACCUCAACAUCCACUUCUUCAAGCUAGUCCGCAUCGUUGCCCUAAGACUAUUCCUCGAUUUCGACUCCGACGAAAGCUACACGCCGACACGAAUCAUCUUCCUCGCCGGCAGUGGUAUGAACGAUCUCGUGGAAUGGGGUGAGAUGCGACUUGAGCAGCCUAGAGGCUGGAUCUGGGCCGAUUUCGAAGGCGUGGACGAUGAAAGUAGCGAGGACGAAAGUGAAGACGAUGAAGAUUUCUCUGAAGAUGGAAACAACACCGUCAAUGGCAACAAUCCCAACACCACAACCUCACCCUUUUCACCGAGCGGCCUGACUCCCUCUGGCCGAGGUCAACGACAACGACGACAACGCCCUCCAGUCGACGGCCCCAUGGCAAUCGAUACCCCAGACCCUAACAUGUCGGAAUUCCAGACCCCCGAUCGACCCCACACCGACACGCCCAUUCUUCCUGUCCCCCGUUUCACUAUCCCACCACCGCCCCAGAACGGGAAUCUGCAAACCACACCAAUCCUCCACACUCCACAAAUAGCUUCAUCAUCCUUCAUCAAUCCUUCUUCGUCUCCAGAAAUACCUAUUCCCGAACCUCACGACAACACCAACAAGCGCCAUUCUCCGACCACCCGAAAAAAGCAGCCCGUUCUCCGUGCCCACCUAGUCCAGAUCAAGAUCUUAGAGAACCACCAGAACGGCAAAGAUACGCACCUUCGCGGUCUUCAAAUCUUCGCCAAGGACGGGGAAGCCGAUAAUCGUCGACGGCGAUCUCAAGUCGUUUCCUAUCCCAACAUCGACGUCGAGGGUGCGGAGGAAGGGAAUGGGAAGGGCAAGGGCAAGGCGGGCAAGAGUGCUGGGCGUUCAGGUGUCGACAAGUUGCCGCUUAGGGGGAUGCAAAGGCCUGUUUGGGAUGUCGACCCUGUGUUCCGGUAGUCUGAUCAGGGAUUAUAUCUGAUAUCAUGCAAGUGGAUAGACGAUAUCGUGCCUAAUCCGCACCCCGCGAUUAGAAAAACCUUCAUUCCAUUCGGCUCUGCCUUCUCAAA